AUGAAGCAUGUAAGGCAUUUCACCCCCUCCUUAUUUCUCAGUUUGGUGCAUGUUUGCCUGGUUCAGGCAAAUUAUGCCCCCUAUUUCUUUGAUAAUGGAGCCAGAAGCACAAAUGGGAACAUGGCACUUCUCAGCCUUUCGGAGGACACACCUGUUGGCACCCAUGUGUACACUCUGAAUGGAACUGACCCAGAAGGAGAUCCUGUGACAUAUGGCCUGACCUAUGAAGCUGGAUCAAGGCGUUACUUUGCUGUUGACAAGAAUCUUGGAAAUGUUACUUUGAUUGAAGAGCUUGACAGAGAGAAGGAAGAUGAGAUUGAAGUUAUUGUCAGUAUUUCAGAUGGCCUGAGUACAGUUUCUGAAAAAGUCAGGAUCCUUGUAAUGGAUGCCAAUGACGAGAGCCCAGAGUUCAUCAAUACACCUUACAUAGUCCAAGUUCCAGAGAACACUCCCUCCAGCAGCAGCAUCUUUAAGAUUGAGGCAAUAGACAAAGACACAGGUUCUGGAGGAAGCAUCACCUACUUCUUGCAGAACAUCCAUGCUAACAAGUUCACGAUAGACCGUCACAGCGGCGUCCUGCGCAUCAAACCUGGGGUCACCCUGGACUAUGAGAAAUCAAGAACACACUUUGUGGUGGUUGUAGCCAAGGAUGGUGGUGGGAAGCUCAGGGGAGACAACAAAGUCUUUUCAGCCACAACAACAGUUACUAUCAACGUGGAGGAUGUUCAGGACACCCCCCCUAUGUUCAUUGGGACCCCCUACUAUGGAUAUGUCUAUGAGGACACGCUUGCAGGCUCUGAGGUCCUCACUGUUGUUGCUCUUGAUGGAGACAGAGGAAAGCCUAACAGUAUUCAUUACUGCAUCGUGAAUGGAAGUGAAGGUUCAUUUGAAAUCAGCAACACAACUGGAGCCAUUUCUGUGAUAAAAAGCCCAAAUCAGCUCAAGAAAGAAGUGUAUGAACUAAAAGUUAAGGCAUCAGAAGUCAGUCAGGAAGGUGACAUCUCCGAGCACACCUUUGCCAUGGUGACCAUACGGGUGGUGGACCUCAACAACCACCCACCAACCUUCUAUGGAGAAAAUGGGCCCCAGAACAGGUUUGAGCUGACCAUGUACGAGCAUCCCCCAGAGGGUGAAAUCUUACGGGGACUGAAGAUCACAGUCAAUGACUCAGAUCAGGGAGCCAAUGCUAAAUUCAACCUCCGGCUUGUUGGACCUGGUGGCAUCUUCCGAGUGGUUCCUCAAACUGUCCUGAAUGAGGCUCAGGUUACAAUAAUAGUGGAAAAUUCUGCUGCCAUUGACUAUGAAAGCUUCAAGGUGUUAACCUUCAAGCUUCUCGCAAUAGAGGUGAACACACCGGAGAAAUUCAGCUCGACGGCCGACGUGGUGAUUCACUUGCUGGACACCAAUGACAAUGUCCCCAAGUUCUCCUCUGACUACUACAUUGCCAGGAUCCCUGAGAACUCCCCAGGGGGCUCCAAUGUAGUUGCUGUUACAGCUACAGAUCCAGAUUCAGGGCUUUGGGGAGAAAUCAAGUACUCUAUCUAUGGAACAGGAGCAGAUCUGUUCCUAAUCCACCCAUCAACAGGUAUAAUUUACACCCAGCCCUGGGCUGUGCUAGAUGCUGAAGUGAACUCGAAGUAUAAUUUCUAUGUGAAAGCAGAGGACACAGAUGGGAAAUACAGCUUGGCUGAAGUGUUUAUCACCGUGCUAGAUGUCAAUGACCACUCUCCAGAGUUCAAUGAAAACAUCCAGGAGAAGACAAUGAUCAUUGGGUCACCAGUGAAGAUAGAGGCCAUAGACCAAGAUGCAGAAGAACCCAACAACAUUGUGGAUUAUUCCAUCAUGCAAGCAGAUCCAGCCAAUGUGUUUGAUAUAGACCAAAGCACCGGGGAGAUCAAGCUGAAGUCCUAUAUCCGAUCUCUGGACAUCAUCCACAACAUCACAAACAAUAAAGACUGCAUAUGGUCAUUGGUGGUCCAGGCCAAAGACAGAGGCUCCCCAUCCUUCAGUACCACAGCAGUUCUGAAGAUUGAUAUCACAGAAGAGACUCUUCACAAAGGGCCUAUGGCCGCCUUUUUGAUGCAAACUAAAGAUAACCCCAUGAAAGCCUUAGGAGUGCUAGCUGGUGUCAUGGGCAUAAUGGUGCUGAUAACUAUCAUGAUCUCUACUGCCAUGUUCUGGCGCAACAAGCGGUCCAACAAAGUCAUGCCGGUGAGGAGGAUCAUAAAAAAGAGACAGGCGCCGCCAUCCCGGACGGUCAGGAUGGAGUGGCUGAAGUUCAAGAGGCCCAGCAACGCUGCAGAGAAGUUUGUGGUUGAGGAGGACGUGAAGAGCCUGCACAAUGAGAACAGCAACAAUAACGUGCAGGUUGUCCCUGUGCCGCCGGCAGCCCCCGUGCCCCCGCCACCCCCUGCCCUGGCUCCCCGAGGCGAUGGCCCAGGGUGGCGGGUGCCAACCGUGUCCGGCUCCCUCACUCCCAAGCACAUCAUCAAGCCACCGAAGAAGAAAGGUCACAGCAGCACCCACAACGCCCUUGUGUCAGAGCUCAAAAUGAGGUUUGAGAAGAGGAACGCAGCUUUCGGGGAGCCCCACAUCUAG